GCUUCUUUUGCAUUGCAUUGCAUUGCAUUGGGGGAGAGUGAUUAGGGCGAAGCAUCACCUGUAUCAUACCGUUAUCUUUCGAUUAUGUAGCUCUUAUUUAUCUUUUGUAAACUUUGGUUGUAUAUGUUUUGUUAUGAGGCCUCGUGUCCUCCCUUGUAUAUUUGUAUUUCCGCUGCGUAGUUUAUAACUUUGUAUGGUUUUAAGGAGUUAAGUCAUUUUAAAAUGCAAGCGUUGACACUGGAACCACGAUCCAUGCUUGGCAUGUUGAUUGAGAAGCCGGCGACGAAUCAUUCCGCCGUGACAUAGUUUUUAUAGGCCUCUGAUGCCUUUACUUUAUUAGCUUCUAAAUAACUUUUGUUUUUCUCAAAGGCGCACAGUUUUAGGGCAGAUGUUGCCGAAAUUUCCACUCACCUUUUAAAAGUUAAUAUUUAACUUUUAUCCAAAUUCUUUUCCUUUUCUCUUAUGUAACACCCGAACUUCCUCCCGUCCUUUACGGUUUUGGUUUCGUUAAGGGGUCUGAAGUUCAAGGGUGUUACAUCGAGCGAGAGAUCAGAAUGUAGACAGAAGGUUCUGAUCUCUCGCUCGACCGGUCGAGCGCUUCUCCUUGGGUCGAGCCAUGGUUGAGCGACCAACAGGGGCUUCAAAACAGAAUGCCACUUCAUCAAACUUCACCACAACAUCCAUAUAUCAUCUCAAACCUUUAUGCACACAUAUACAUUAUAUCACAAACAUCACUUGGGCUUUAUUGAGUCACCACAUCCAACAUAAAGAAUGUCAGCUUCCCUCUUCUCUCUUUUAUCUAAGACCCAUGCAUUGCGUUUCAACCAGAUUCCCCACGCCAGGCACCAAAAAAUAUCCCACCAAUUCGUCUCCUUGAUCUUUCCAUACAUCAGAUUGCACCAACCUCGAAACCCAUCAGUAGGGGUGUUCAAAAAUAUCCGUAUCCGAAAAUCCGCUUUCCGAUUUUUAAAAGCGGAUAAAUUACCCGGUUUCCAAAAUUCGGAUAAAUCGGGUCGGGUACCCGGUUAUAAAACCGGGUAUUCGGGUCGGAUACGGAUCGCGAUUUUUGGAAAACCGGGUACCCGGUAUCCGUUUUUUUCUUUUUUUUUUUUUUUUUUUAAUAUAAAAAGCCUAUAAUUGAAAACCCUAAAUCAGAUUCCUUCUACCUUGGGCCGCCUUCUAUUCCAGUCUUCUUCCUCUGAUUCGCCAUUCAAAAUUCCUUCUUCUUCCUCCUUCAAUCUUGCUGCUUGCUGGCUGCUGCUUGCCUUGUUCCUCCUUCACCAUUCACACCGUUAUCUUUAAUUGGGUAAUUUUGUUUCAAUUUUUUUGCCAUGUUCUUCUUCAGUUGUUGUUCUUCUUCUUCUUUAGUAUGUAUUUAAAUUUUUUUUUUUGCCAUUUUCGAUUUCGAUUUCAUUAUCUUAGUUCAUCACCAUUUUCGUAUUAAACGAUUUUGUCACAGAACAUCUUCACUCUUCAUGUAACAAAACAGAAUGAACUGUGAUGAACUGAUCUGAAAUCCAGAUCUAGAUCUACGAAGAAACUCGUGGUGUUUUGAAGAUCUUCUUCCCUUCUUCCUCCUGCGUUCUUCAAUCCAGACACAAUCAUCUUGCUUCUUCAAUCUUCAGAUCUUCUUCUUCUUCUUCUUUAGUUCUUCACUUCUUUAAUUGGAUUUAUUCAGCCAUUUUUGGUACUUAUUGAAGAUCUACAUGGAUUCAUCACCAUUUUCCGAUAUUCUGAUUAUUGAGUGAGGAUAAUGACUCAAGGUGCUAAAAAGAAGAAACGGCAGCAAAAGAAAAAGAAUUCAAAGGAUAAAAUUUCAGAGGAUAAAAUAAUAGAGAAGAUUUCAGCUUUGUGGGAGCAAGAAAGAUUACAAGAGUGCUUGGAUUUUAUCAUUUCUCUUGAUGAUGAGGGGUUGAAAAAUUUAAAAGUCUAUUCUGUGAAAGUGCAUGUACUUGCAAGUUUGAGACGGUUUGAAGAGGUAUUGGCUUUGCAAAAACGACUCGAAGAAUUUGGACAUAAAACGACUUUGGCACUUAGUGUAUGGUUUAUGUUUGCUUAUGCCAACAGAAAGCAAAAUAAUAUUUUGGAAGCAUAUCUUCUUUAUAUAUAUGUGCAUGAUCAGAAGGGUGCAGUGCAUGUAGAUGAUGAAAUAUUCAAAGGUUGUCUCAAAUGGAUAAAAAGAUUACAACCGAAAGUUCAACCAGAUUUGGAUAGAAUUGCAGUGGAAAGAGCUAAUAAAUUUUUGGAUGAUGAGCGUGCUGCCUCCUCUUCUACCAAGGCUCCUGCCUCCUCUUCCACCAAGGCUGCCACCUCUUCCACCCAAGGCUGCAUCCACCCGACCAAGGCUGCAUCCACUCCGACCAAGGCUGCAUCCACUUCGACCUUGGUUGCGUCCGCUUCGACUUUGGCGAUCCCUUCUUUGACCUUGGAUCCCUCACCUUUGGUUGUGGAUGCCUCUUCCCAAAAAAUGAUGAAGUUUACAGAGGAUGGUGUGAUAUACUUUGAAAUGACCCAGCUUGAUGAAUUUUCAUAUCUUGGUGUAAUGAAGAUAGGCGGGAGUUUUUUUCCCAAGUCGUAUAUCAAAAUUGGCGAGAAUUCUACUUCAGAUGUCUCAAUUAGGCUUAAGAAAAACUCAUGCCUAUUGAAAAUUGAAUUUUCAAUGUAUUUCCACUCCCUUUCCAGUAGGGUAGCAAUUGUUGAGCCGGUCCGUCCAGUAAAAGCGUUCUUUGAAUUGAAGCUUGAAGAUUUCAAAUCGAAAGCAAUGGCUCAAACUUGUAAAAAAUGGUGGGAAUAUAUCAAAGACGACUUUUUAUCAAUAUUUCGAGGCGUAAUAUGUGGCAUGCUUGCCAUAUAUUCAGAUCAAAAAGUCUGUAGUGAUUUUGAAAAAUCACUUUAUGUCACCGAGGAGGGAGAAGCCAAAAUAUUCCAUAUUUCUCAAGAAAAAUUUACAUUCAGCCAAGCGCAAAAAGAAGUGUAUGAUCUGUUGUCCAUUAUUGAAGGAGUCAUUACUUUGAUAAGAACAAGAUCAAGACCAGAUUUGGAAACUUGGCGUAAAGAGUUUGAGCUAUCUUAUGAACUGCCUUUAGAAUUAGUUCAUUUUUUAAACAGCUUAAGAGUCAGGAAAAUAUGUGAUAGCAUUCAUCCAAUGUUUUUGAUUGAUCACCCAUUUUUCUGGUCGAUAAAUCAUCGGGUUUCAUUCAUCCAGUCUCUUAAAGAGGCUAUUAAAGAAAGGUUAAUCAAGAAGAAUCUUUUCGAUGCGGAAAUGACUCGGAAUUUUAGGACUCAAAAUUGGAGGAUUGAAGUCUCAAAUGACAUGUUAUUGUCAGCAAUCUACAACUACAAAGGACAUGACUUUUAUGAUAGACCAAUUCAUGUCAUUAAUUUUAUUCAUGCAGUGUUUUCCCAUGCUAAUGACUAUCAAUAUGAUACUAUAUGCGGGAAAGAGGGUGGUUUGACUCUUGAGGAAAGGGAAAGUCAGCAUGCAAAUGCAAUAAUUAAUUAAUAUUUUUGUAAAUAAAAUAGAAAGAAAGUCAUUACCUCUUUCCCGCGUAUGGUAUGAUAUUGAUAGUCAUUAGCAUGGGAAAACACUCCAUGAAUAAAAUUAAUGACAUGAAUUGGUUCAACAUAAAAGUCAUGUCCUUUGUAGUUGUAGAUUGCUGACAAUAACAUGUCAUUUGAGACUUCAAUCCUCCAAUUUUGAUUCCUAAACUUCCGAUUCAUUUCCGCUUUGAAAAGAUUCUUAUUGAUUAGCCUUUCUUUAAUAGCCUCUUCAAGAAACUGGAUGAAUGAAACCCGAUGAUUUAUCGACCAGAAAAAUGGGUGAUCAAUCAAAAACAUUGGAUGAAUGCUAUCACGUCUGUUAGAAAUAAAACAUUAAAUUUUUAAUCAUACAAGUAUACCUAUUUAUUAAAAAAAAAAAAAACUUUAUAAGUAAUGUACAGUUGUAGAUAACAUGCUUUUUAAUAGUUACAUAAACAAAAUAUACAAAGUAUAAUAUUAGCAUAAACUGAACUUAUAAUGAAUAAAAAGAAUAUAAAAACAGAUUUAAGGGAAAUUUACUUACAUUUUCCUGACUCUUAAGCUGUUUAAAAAAUGAAUUAAUUUAAAGGUAGUUCAUAAGAUAGCUCAAACUCUUUACGCCAAGUUUCCAAAUCUGGUUUUGAUCUUGUUCUUAUCAAAGUAAUGACUCCUUCAAUAAUAGACAACAGAUCAUACAUUUCUUUUGCGCUUGGCUGAAUGUAAAUUUUUCUUGAGAAAUAUGGAAUAUUUUGGCUUCUCCCUCCUCGGUGACAUAAAGUGAUUUUUCCAAAUCACUACAGACUUUUUGAUCUGAAUAUAUGGCAAGCAUGCCACAUAUUACGCCUCUACAAUACAAUAAUAUAUUAUUAAAUUUCAUUCAUAAAAUAAAAAUAUAAUAAAUUAACAAAGUAAAUUUUUUACCGAAAUAUUGAUAAAAAGUCGUCUUUGAUAUAUUCCCACCAUUUUUUACAAGUUUGAGCCAUUGCUUUCGAUUUGAAAUCUUCAAGCUUUAAUUCAAAGAACGCUUUUACUGGACGGACCGACUCAACAAUUGCUACCCUACUGGAAAGGGAGUGGAAAUACAUUGAAA